GGUACAGGGAGAGAUAAGUGAGUAGGAGUGACUUGGAAUGAAACACCACCACCCUCAAUCAGGUACACCCACACGCAAGAUUUUAGCAGGUUUAAAUCCCGGACACGCUAAACUGCUGAGAGCGCAGAAGGUUCUGGCCUCAAGCAUCUCUGGAGGGUCUGAACUUACAGCUUAAGUUUUGUUUCAGGAUGUCUUUAAACGGCAGUUUUUUGACUGAAGACCAGUUCACAUGCUCUAUAUGCCUGGAUAUGUUCACCAAUCCUUCAUCCACACCAUGUGGCCACAGUUUCUGCAUGGCCUGCAUCACCAGAUACUGGGAGGGAUGUCAGGUUUGCCAGUGUCCUUUAUGUAAGAAAACCUUUCAGAAUCGACCAGACCUCCAGAUCAACAGGACUCUGCGAGAGAUAACUGAUCAGUUCAAAUCUGUGAAAGGUGGAGGGUCAGUGAAGCACAAUAAGGGAAAAAAGAUGGGGCACAAAAAUAACAACUUUAUGGCAGAACUAAAAAUGAAGCUGCCAAAACCUCUGCCCAAGAACAUGGAAGCUCUGACCGGCACAGCUCAAUCCCAGGCGCAUUCUUUCCCAGGUCUUCAUCCUCAUUUCCCUCAUACGAUGUCCCGCUCCAACAGUCGCAGAAGGUUCACUCUGAGUGGAGCGGCCAGUAGCAAGAAUGUCCCUCUGUGCGAAAUCCACAACAGAGGAAUAUCGCUUUACUGUAAAUCCGACCAAAUGUGCAUCUGUCCUGAAUGUGAGAUCGAAGACCACAAUGAUCAUGACACCAUCACUGUUGAGGCCGAGUGGAUGAAAACUAAGAUGAUGCUGAGGGACUCAGAGCAGGACAUCGAGGACAUGAUCAGCGACAGGAGGAGGAAGAUCGAGGAGAUCAGGGAGUCUGUGACAGAAAUGGAGGGGGCGGUGGAGCGGGAGACGUCGGGCUCUGUGUGCCUCCUCUCGGCGCUGGCCUCCGCCAUCGAGCGCUCCCAGGCGGAGCUGAUAGAGGUGAUGGAUAACAGCCGCAGGUCGGCGGAGAAUCAGGCCGACGCUAUGAUCCAUCAGCUGGAGGCGGAGAUAGAAGAACUCCAGAGGAGAGAAGCUGCUCUCUCCGAACUCGCCAUAUCAGAGGAUCACGUUCACUGCGUCAAGACUUUUCCCAACCUGUCCACACCUCCGGUCACCAAAGACUGGUCCGGAGUGUCGCUGAACACCAACCUGGGAACGGCCGCCGUCUACAGACCUUUGGCAGCUACAGUGGAAAAGUUCCAGCGAGAUCUACAGAAUAUUCUAGAAAAUGGUUUUCUUUCUCCAUUAUUGGAAGCCAGAGUGGCACAAACAAAGCCCAGAGAAAAGAAGAUGAAGGAAUUUGCACUGAACGUCACCCUGGAUUCCAGCACUGCCCAUCCCAGACUGAUCCUGUCUGGAGAUCUGAAAAGUGUUUGGUGUACGGACCGACACCACCACGUUCCAGACACUCCAGAGAGGUUCGACAAAGUGGUCUGUGUCCUGGGAAGGGAAGCCAUCUCCCAUGGGAAACAUUACUGGGAGGUGGAGGUGAACGGGAAGACGGACUGGGAUCUGGGCGUGGUCAGACAGUCCGUCAGCAGGAAGGGGAAGAUCGAUUACACCCCAGACAACGGCUUCUGGUUCCUCAGCUUAAGAGACAAACAUAAAUGCGCCUUUCGCUCUGAGCCUUGCACAGAAGUGGAGAUGAAACUUCAACUUCAUAAGAUUGGAAUAUUUGUGGACUAUGAGAAAGGAGAGGUAUCGUUUUACAACGUCGAUGCCAAAGUCCACAUCUACACUUUCUAUGACAUCUUCACCGAAAGCCUCUUCCCCUUCUUCAGCCCCUGCACCAACAAAUCAGGAAAAAACGAAAUGCCCCUGAUCAUCACUCCUGUACACAUGGAGUAAAAGCUAACAUGUUUUUAAAGUUCCUCAGAUACUUCAGAAUGAGUUUUGUUCUUUACAGAUUGUUUCCACAUGACUAGAAAUCUAAUGUGAUAAUUUAAUACUGAAGAACAAACUGACUUCCUGGAGUUGGAAUCCCAGGACUGAACCUGAAUGAUGAUUAUUGUUUUGUUUUGUUGUUGUUUCUUCAAAAAACAAGCUGAGAGGUUCAGAAUGUGGAAAAGGACAAUUAUUUCUGACAUUUUUUGGUUUUCAGCUCUUGUACCAUCUUCUAUUUACUUAACACAAAGUUACUUUAUUUGUAAUAUACCUUUAAAUAUUUACAGCAGAGGAGAAACAGUAUGGCUGCUGCUGAAGAAACUGUUGUGUAAAGAACAGUUUUCAUAAUAUUUAGUACUGUAGUUUUUGUUUAAAUGUCAUAUUCUGUUACAUUAAAUUGAGAAUUUAGAUGUUUUUUAAGUGGGGUUCUGUUGAGAGGUUAUUAGCAGAUAACAACUUACUUUCAGUCUGUAGUCAUACAGAAUGACAAGAGGGUAAAGCUAACUGCUAUUCUGCCAUAAGAGGAUAUCUGAAAUUAUCUUGAAAUUACCUAUGACUAAUAACAAAUUUAUUAGCUUCCACACUUAAACUAAUAUGCUAAUAGCAUGGCUAAUUUUUUUUGUUUAUCAAUUUUUGCUAAGUUUGGAAAUGUUUAGUGCAUUUAGCUUCCCUUAAGUAAAUUUUUCCAGAUAAAUUUUAAAGCACUAAUUUACUUUGCUGUUUUGUAAACGUCCAAUUAAACCAGAGGGUAAAUAAAAUUUGACAUCUGUGUUGAA